GUUUUCGUAUAUUCUUAUCGCAAAACGGUACAUUAUGAUUCACAACGUGUUCUAACAUCUAAAAUGAAAUCACUCUGAUUUAAAAUUCCUCUUGAAUAUUUUUUUGUGUUAUAAGAACCAGUUUCACUUUUGUAAAAUGUUUGGAUACGCACUUUUUGUAAUCCUCUGGCUAGUAGCCGACCCUGGAUUGGCUAACGAAUGGUUGACAGCACCCGAAAUGUUCGGUGACACCGUUGCCAGAUUAUUUUACACAGAAAUAAGACAUGAAUCGCAGUACAUAUUUCACGUCAAGGUGGAAACUAUCUAUUACGAUAGUAGAACUCCAGUAAAACAGUGUUUGUUUCAACUAGUAAGUCGCCCAGUCGUUGCUGCAAUGAAUAUCACGACAUUUAGGCGACUGGAUGAAGAUAAAAUUGUGCUCUCUUGGUACGACGAAAUGACUAACGGUUCUUUUCGCCAAACCAAAAUUGUAGUACUGAAUAUGAGUAACUGUAUACUAGUUGAGCUUAACGUGGCAGCGGAAAAUGCUAUUGUUAUUCCGUCAACUGACGAAUUGAAUAUUUUUUUGAAUGACUCUAAAUAUCCUUGUUUAUUUACUAAUAUGAAUAAUAACAUCCACUCCAUUCAUCGAUGCUGGUACAGCUAUAGUUUGCAAGAUACUAAUUUUACCAACCCUAAAGUAAGAUUCAUAAAGGAAUUUAACGUUGCUCUUGAUUGGUCGAGCAUACGUAUCGAACAAUUGUCAUCCAAAGAUUUUGUUAUCCGUGGAUUUCAAGGCAACCUCUACAAAGUACUAGGGAUGAAUUAUGCUAGCGGUGAAUUGGAUACUCUGCUGUCAAUACCAAGUAUGAAUCGGACUUUACAAAUGGCUUCGACAGGUUUGACUUUAUGCUGGUCCCUUAAUUCUGGCUAUAACAAUGUCAUAUAUUGCGAUCAAUUCAAUAACCAAUACGAGUUAGUUUAUUCAACUGAAGAAUCGUUUAAUGAACCCAUGAUAAUUAAGUAUGUGCAAUCUGACUAUGAAGGACAAAUUAGCUGUUUGCUUGCUAAAGCUAAGUGCACAGAUAUAAAAGAUUGCUGGACAUUUACACGAAAAAAUUUUUAUCGCAAAGAUAAUUAUUCCACAGAAAACACGGUUGAGAUCAAGUGUGAAUCACGAAAUAGGAAUAAAUGGAUAUUUUUCGGAUUUGCAAACAAUACUUCUUAUGCGACUGAUAGAGCUAUGUGUUCUCGGUCAGGAGAUACAUUAGGUACUGAUUCUUAGUGACAAUGAGAUACUAAUGGACAUCUACAUUGUAUAUGAAGCUAUACACCACUAUGAUAAGCGCUUUGAGGUUGUUGCAUAUCUAAAUCAAAUAAAGAAAA